AUGUCAAUGCUAUCUCCCGAGAUCAAAUUUGAGGCUUCUAACGUCAGCAGAAGCUCCCUGGACAACUGCUUUCUGUUUGAGAGCAGUUGGCGGAAGGCAGUUUUGGAAACGCAGAAGAUGAGGAAAGCAUUUGGUCUAGAAGAGCCCAAGGAAUGUUCCAAAAUGCCGUAUUUACCAGAAUUGUCAAAGAGCUUAAGUUCAUCUCCGCUAGAGGCUCAUAAGCGCCUGCUGCAUACUGAGGCUGAGAUCCCUCCGAUCAGGAUAAAGAAGACCAAAGAGUCAUGCAGCAUGGCAGCACUUCAGGAGAAGUCGAAAGGCUCUGUCUUCAAUGACCCUUUCACAGGAGCUCCCUCUGACUUCUUACAGAGGCUUUCCAGAAUGGCCAUACUGGAGUAUGACACUAUUCGCCAGGAAACAAACAAGAAACUGAAGAGAGGCAAGAAACGAGAUCUUCGAGACUGCUAA